CAGGCCGAUGAAGGAAUGUGUGGAAGGGGGUUGUGGGUUUGCUUUUCUUCUAUUUUGGUAUCUUGAUGUUGCGGGCCGCUCUGGGGUCUUUGGAUAAAGGGCGGCACACAAAUUUAAUGGACGCUAAUCGCAAUGAUCAUAAUAAUCGUCUGUGCGGCGGCGGCGGCCACUCCGCAUUAAAGAAACCGGAGUAAGAAAACAGAAGCAAAGCCAGCCUGGAAGGCGGAUUAAAGAGCGGCUGGCGCGGGUCUGGGGGCAGAGCAGCCGUUGGAGGCGGAGCGCGGAGGAGGAGGAGGAGGAGAAGGGCAGCUCCGAGGCCGCUCCGUCCCCCUUUGCCCCUCGCGGUGGACGCCGGAGGCGGGUAAGCGGCAACUUCGCCCGCCGCCAUUUCCCUUUCCCUCAGAGAGAGAGAGAGAGAGACGCCCCCUCCCUGCCCGCCCCCUCAGUUUUCCAAAGUUAGGGUCGGUCUCCCGCAACCCCCCCCGGCUGACUCCCCCCCCUCCGCAGCACCCACUUUCUGGGGGACCCCGGCUCCCUUGGGUGCUCUGUGGGUGAACUCUCUGCCCCCCCCCGUAUUCAGAGGCCGCGCAUCGUGUGGUGCGCACCUUUAGAGCGCGUUAUUCUCUCCCCCCCCCCCGGUAUCCUGGGAUCUGUAGUUCACCCCCCUCACGGCGCUGCCAUUCCCAGCACCCUCAGCAAAGCGCCGGUUGCGGGGGGGGGGGGGAGAUACUUUAAAUCCCCCGGGGCCUUCCUUAAAUCCUCAGGAGACAAAAGCGUGCACUGAAUAUUUCCUCUGCUCCUGCCUGUCAUUUUAAAAGAUGUCUAUAUCAAAAGAUUUCCAUAAGUCACAAAAGUACAUUCAGUGUCUCUGCUUUCAAAUCGUAGAAUCUUCCAUACAGGUCAGUUACAGUCCAUUUGAAACAUUUUUUGGUGUAGACAAUGUGGGGGAGUGGGGGGAGGAAAGAAAGAAAGAAAGAAAGAAAGAAAGAAAGAAAGAAAGAAAGAAAGAAAGAGGAGAGUGAGAGAGACACUAUACUUUCAUCCUUUACAGAGUAUUUGAGUGGUGUGCCUGUCUUAUCUUUCUAAGCCACCUCCCACUUUUCAUCUCACACGUCCCUGUAUGUAAUCGAUUUACUUGGAAAUUUCUUCUAUGCCCCUUCAGUUAAAAACUUGGGGUGGUACACAGUUACAUGUAUAGGUGGGAAUAUAUUAUGUGCAUGCAUUUGGUUAUAAUACACACGCACUGCAUUCAGAAUGUCUUUCACUGUAAUCUACUUUUAUAUGUUUUUAAUUGUGUGUUUUAGAAUGCUUUAGGUGUUUCAUGUUGAAUUUUGGAUGUGGCCUAUAACAACAACAACAAAACAUUAAAAAUGAGCAACUGUUAAAAUUGAUAUAUCUAUAUUUAAAACAAAUUAGUAUAUAAUAAGGCAAUAACAAACAAAUUCAGCAAACAUUUAAUACAACUCAGUGUCUCCUUCCUCAUGAGUAAUUAAAAUUUUCCGUAAUGUGAGGUAGCCUCUUACUAUUAACUUACUUUAAGUUGUUUCAACAACACUUUUUGAUGUAUCCCCACUCAAUCUCUGUUAUGGCAGUUACCCUCUGAAUUGCUGAGUUGCAGGGCACAAGAAAAGGGUUCUUCAUUGCUCUGGGAGAGCUGAACUACAGUUAGAAAUUGUCCACACCACUUCUGCAACAAUUGUACCUGUUACAGUCCUGACCCCAGCACAGUCCUUAUGGAAUCAUCAUUGCCUCUCUCCACUCCACAGCAGGUAACAAAACCAAGUUAAAUCUGAAAGCAGUAUUUAAUACCUCACAUUUCACUAAGCACCAAAGACUGAUGGACCUAGAUGUGUAUUCUACUUUUUUGUUUCAAGGUUAUAAUAAUAAUAAUAAUAAAUUUUAUUUAUACCCCGCCCUCCCCAGCCGAAGCUGGGCUCAGGGCGGCUAACAACAAUCAAAAUAAUCCAACAUUCCAACUUCUAGAUUAGAGUUUAUGUGGUGCUUGUAUGUUCGUAACAGCUUGCUGUAUGAGGCCACUGGCCCAUCUGGUCAGCAUCCUGUUCUUGCAGUGGCCAAGCAGGCCAAGACCACAAGCAGGACCUGCGUGCAACAUAACUCUCCCCUCGUGCAGCUUCCAGUGGAGGUAGAACAUAGCUACUGUGGUUAGUCACUAUUGAUAGAAUUACAGUGGUACCUCUGGAUGCAAACGGGAUCCGUUCUGGAGCCUCGUUCGCAUCCUGAAGCGAACGCAACCUGCAACUGCGCAUGCGUGGGUCGCGAUUCGCCACUUCCGUGCAUGCACAUGACAUCAUUUUGAGCGUCUGCGCAAGCGGCGAAACCCGGAAGUAAUGUGCCCCGUUACUUCCGUGUCGCCGCGGAGCACAACCCGUAAAGGCUUAACCUGAAGCGACUUCAACCCAAGGUAUGACUGUAUUUUCCAUGAACUUCUUUAAUCCCUUUUUUAAAACAUGCAAGUUGAUACGCAACUCGUCAGAGUGAAUUCCAUAGUUUAACUAUGCACAUGUCUCUGAGCUUUCAAUGAAACAGUUGCAAGCUUUUAAUGGAAUAGAAACAAGCCACAGCGCUGUUAAUAAAUGCUUCGUAUUUCGAACUGCAUACUUCUGUAACAGCUACCUAAUUUGUGAUGUGAUGUAGGCGGGACUGUUUUCUCCCCCCUUCCUCUUGUAGAAUACAACCUCUGAACUGGAGAGCAGUACCAUUCAGAAGCAGAGGAAAGAACUUCAGCUGCUAAUUGUGGAGCUGAAAGAUCGUGAUAAGGAGCUCAAUGAUAUGGUUGCAGUGCACCAGAGGCAGCUGCUGGCUUGGGAUGAUGAUCGUCAAAAAAUACUGACGCUGGCAGAACGGUGCAGCAAAUUGGAGAGUGAGUGCCAUGCAGACCACAGGCUGAAGUAUUCAGCCAGUGCAGCAGUAAGAGUAUUGUGCCCAUUUUGCAGAUGGAGGAACUGAGCCUGACAGCGGCUUGAGGGCACUGGUUAGUUUUUUUUGAACUGUGAUUUCCUGGUUUACAGCUCCGUCCACAGCUUCAUGGCAGUGGGCAUGGCUCAGUGGCAGAGCACAUUUCACAUGUAGAUAUCCCCAGGUUCAGUCACUGGCAUCUCCAGUUGAAAGGAUCAAAUAAUAUCCCAGAAGAGGGAAAAUGUCUACCUGUACCUGAUCAUCUGCAUAGCCACUGCCGGUCCAAAGUAGAAAGCAGUAGAGAAGAUGGAUUAAUUGACUGACUCUCUGUAAGGCAGCUUGAUAUGUUCAGUCCCUUGGCGGUUACAUUAUGAUUGUGCUCUGGGUUAGAGACAAAAGACAUUAAAUAAAAGGUAAUAAGCCCAAUUAAAGCAUAUGAUGUGCACCUCUUCUCAUAUACGCCCUAAGCUGUUUGUUGGAACUUUAAAGAUGCUGCAGUCCAGGGGCUUGGAGAAUCUAUUUGGCUGGUCCCACAGGUGCUGGCUGGCUACAGAAUGGUGAUUUUAUCUGAACAGAAGCACCAUGGAAAUGCUAGAAUGUUGUGAAUGGCAGGAAACAUGUAGAACCUUUCGUAAGUGAUGCUGUAAUAAUAGCAAAAUGCCAGUAGUUUUCUAAAAGGACUGAUAUCACAUAAGAUGGAUGCUGUUCAAAAAGAGCUUCAUGUUUUUGUAUUGGGUUAAUUUUUAUAUGCCCAAGAUCUGUAUGUAAAACCUUCAAAUAUAACCCCAAAGAUGUGCUAAGAAUUCCAUUCAAACUCCCAAAUUGUGGAAUUUAAAAGGGGGAAAACAUGGCAGGUAAAAAGAUCCAGGAGAACAUAAAACAUUUUAGGAUGACUCCUAGGUAGACAUUCCUUUAUAGAAUUAAAAUAUCUGUACCUAUCUGUACCUCUCUCUCUCUGCCUUUUUUUAACAUUUCAAACGUCAGCUUAGUUUAAGGAAGUUUUGUGUGUGCAUCGUUGCUCUCAGUUGCUUUCCCAGAAACAGUACCUGUCAUUUAUCACUCAGAAGAGCUGCACAAGAGAAAUGAGAUGAUUAGCACACUGACUAGAAGGCUAAAGCACCUUGAAUCCCAGCAAAAUGACCGCAAGAUAACACUUGAGAAUACUCAGCAGAAGCUCCAGGAACUCUCUCGGAAAGCCUCUGAUACAUCACUUCACUGCCAGGCCCUCGAGGUAAGCUUUAGUUCGUGGCUAGAUUCUGAAUGCUUUGGGUAGAUUUGAAUGUAACUCUGAGUAAGGGACAAACUUGACCUAGUGCUGCUCCCAGGUGUUUUGUGGGUGGUCCCUUCAGCAAGAUGCUCUCAACAUGCCUCCCUUCCCCAAGAGCACCCACUUCCUCUCCCUCACUAUCAUUGCACCACCCCACCUCCCAUAGGAGAGGAUAAAGUCUAUAGUGGUUACUGUUCUUCUUGCUCAAGAUGUUUGAAGAAGGAUUGAAGAACGUAGAUCAACAGAUAGGAGGAGGAGGAGGAGGACCAGGAGGCUCCAGAGAUCAGCAGUGCACCCCAUACAUGAACUUAGGCCUUGGAAGGUGCCCAGAAGUUCCCGCUGCUAGCCCUGACUAGGCCUGACAUUUUCUAUGACUGACACAUCUCAGUUUCUUUAUUUGGCUGAAGACCGAUGCAAGGGGCAUGUGUGUGAUUGGACUGGACCAUAGACAGGAUAGUUUAUGAAAUAAAACAUUUGCCUCCACACAGAUUCCCCUAUGAAAUUUCUUAUAUUGUAGGUUUCAUGUGUUUUCUCCUUUGUGGCUCAUGCCAGCUUUAGGGAGGAGGGGAGUAGAAUUCCAAACCCAGGGGCCCUGCAGCUGCUUUUAGCUAAAGGACAAUACUUUGGGAGAUCUGGCCAUGGAUAUUCCACUUCUAGGUUAGUGUGCUAAUACGAUUCCGGUGAAAUAGGAACAGCAGGUGCAGGUUACAGUAGGUGGAUAGGAAGAAUGGAAAGUGAGGGGGAGAAUUAAGAGCUAGUUCACAUUGAACAGUUUGGGGUUGUUGUUAGCAGACCCUGCAGCAUGGGUGCAUUAGAUUGUAAUAAUCACUUACAGUUUCUGGAGUUCCAAGGCUUUAUUUAUGCAGAAACUCUUUGCAGGAUGAAUCAUGAUAAGAGAGAGAAACAGCAGGCGUUGUCUAGACAGGUUGGGAGAGAAUAACAAAAUGGCUCAACUUUUAGGAGUGGAGUUAUCUUUGACAAACAAGCUACAAACGGGGUGGCUAGAUCACUAGACAAACAGUGCCCUUGUUUGGUCUAAAGCAGGGGUCUGCAACCUUUAAGACAAAAAGAGCCACUUGGACCCAUUUCCGAAGAAAAAAAAACUGGGAGCCGCAAAACCAUUGCGACAUUUAAAACAAAUAUAUCUCCGGAGCCGCAAUCUGACAGCGGGCGGGAAGGUGCCGUCGGGACGGUGCGUGACUAACGCAUGCACCGCCCCCAUGCGACGUCACAGCCAGUACAACGCCCGCCACAGUGGGGAGUGUCGGGGCACACAAUGCGCCUCCUCCCCUCACUAGUAUCCAUCCCGGAGCCGCGGCAAAGGUGUAAAAGAGCCACAUGCGGCUCCGGAGCCGUGGGUUGCUGACCCCUGGUCUAAAGUAACACAUGCAUUAACCACAAACUCAAAAGAAGGAAAUGUAUUUGUUUUUCUCCAUCAGAUGUUGUGAGCUAAAAUGCUGCGCUCACACCAGUGUGCUGAAUUUGCAGUAAGGUGGCUCUUCUUAAGUCAUCCUUAAGUCAUCCUUAAGUGAUCAAGGAUCUGGGCUGCUAGGGUAGCUUUCUGCUUGUGGUGCAAUAGGGCUGGGAAGGCCACACAGGGCACAGCGUUUAGAUUUCACUGUCAACACUUUUUCCUUUCUUCUCUGUUUCCUAGGAGAAAAAUCAAGCCCUCAGUUGCUCAGUGAUGGAGCUGUCCAAUAAAGUAGGACAGCUGCAAGCCAGAGAGCAGGAACUGCUUACUAUGUUAAAAUUAAAGGUACAGUAAUUUUACCUUAAUAAUAAUAAUAAUAAUAAUAAUAAUAAUAAUUUGUUAUUUGUACCCCGCCCAUCUGGCUGGGUUUCCCCAGCCACUCUAAAUGUUAGGAGCACCCCUAUUUCUGGGUACACUUAAAUAAGACAGGGGCAGGGCCCAAACCAGAUGCUGCUGAUUUCCUUAUAGAGCAGGGGAAGAUGACUGGUAUUUAAAAUGUAGCAUCAGUAGCAGGGAGUAGAACCUUUCCCAUCGCCACCCACUGUCUGCAGUUCUCUAUCCAAACUGAUUUUUAAGCUGGUUUCCCACCUCUGCUAGUAGGAGGUUACUUUCAAUUACGGGGCUCUACAUGGAGAAAAGGGAGGUAAGAAAACCCUGAAAGAGAGGGAGGUGUUCAGUGGGACAUGAAAUCCUCACUCCCAAUACGAGGUUUUAGGUUUCUUGGUAGGGAUUUGGUGAAAGGCUUGGUUCUGCUCACAGGUCUGCUGCCUUCGGCGAUUUCAGACGGAAGUCUCUCCUGGCCUUACCUGCAAAUGCUGGGGUUCCAACCUGGGACCUUCAGCAUGCAAAGCAGUGUUCUUCCACUGAGCUGGGGAAAAGACAGCAAUUUGUGCUGUAAAUAUUCUCCUUUGGGAGUUUUUAAAUUCUUUGUUUUGUUUUCGAGUCCUGUAUUUUAAAUGGUUUCCCUCUCCAACCUGUUCUCUUCUGGUCUCCCCAUUCCUCCCCAUAUAUCUUCAUUCAUAGAUCUAUUUCUUUCAUGGUUUUAAUUUUAGAAGAAUUUUUUUUUUAAUGGAACAGUUCUAUUUUGUGAAGGUUGUGAGCCAAUUUUGGGGACUGUGGUCAAGAAGCAGGAUACAAAUCUGUUAAAUAAAUAAAAUGUGAUAGAGUUCAUUCAAUCAGAUGAACACUGCCAAGCUCUGAGCUAGUUUUUGAAAUGAGACUAAUAACUUUCAGCAUUCAACAUAUAAAAUGAAAGAGGCACAGAUGGCAGCAAACAAGGCAAAACAAUGGACCAAAUUGUUUUUGUUUUUGUUUUGGUUAGGAUAAUGACAUACUUGAAGCAACGAAUCAUAUUACUGAAUUUACAUGUAAAUUUAAAAAAUUAGAAAACGCUCUGCGUGCAGCAAAGAUGGAGGAAUCAAGCGUCAAUAGGGAAAAGCAGGAUUUUAAACUCAGGCUGAAGGAACUUAUGUUGGAAACAAGCAAAUUAAAAGGUAAACAAUGCUUAGAAUUUGAUAUUCAUAAUCUAAAAACUGAGUUGGAGAAGGACAGUGUUCCUGUUUGCAUUUGCUCCAGCCAAAUGAAUCAGGCUAUCUAUCAAUCAGAGAAUUUUCAGUUCAUUAAUCACCUGCCUUCAUAUUUAAGUACAUUUGCAGUUUUCCCCUAAACUCAAUAUGUAGGUGCCUUUUUUCAGAUAUUGAAUAUACAGGAACUUAGAAUUUAAAGAGCAGAAACUACGACCAUUUUUUUAAAAGGAAAGGGAAGCAUUUAAUAACUUUCCCCCAUUCCUUCUUGUUGGAAUGCAUCAGAAGCAAAAGACCCCCCUCCAAAAAAAGUAUAUGCUAUUUUCUAUAAUCAGACUUCAAGUUAACAUACAUUUAUUUUAUUUAAAACCUCUGUACCCCACCUUUCCACCAAUGUUGGCCCCAGGCCAGCUUUCAACAAACCUUUUACAAAUAGCUAAUUGUAUAAAUACAAUCCAUCACAACAAAAGAAACAAUAGAUGCAGGAGCAAAAUAAGACAGCAGAUUAGCUGGAAAUCUGAGUGCCACUCAAAGUUCAGGCAUUAUUAUUAUUAUUAUUAUUAUUAUUAUUAUUAUUAGGUGUCCUGAAUGAUAAUAUCAUGGGUUCUUGACAGAUGUUCCCAAUGAGUGUUUGACCACAGAAAAGGCCCAGUGUCUGGUCACGACCCCCUCACUUCUGACGGUGGGGUACCCAGAGCAGAAAACCUUAAUGUGUGUGCAAGCUAUUAUGGCAGCCUGCUGUCCUUCACAUACCCUGCAAUGAAUGAGCCAGUUAUAGUUAAUGUACAAUUUUGUUGGUAAUAAUGUACAAUAAACUGCUAAUGAUAAACUAUAUAUUCAGUUUAUAGUUUUAAUCCUUGUUGCAAUGAUAUGAAUUUUAGUGUUGCAUUGCAACAAAAAGUUCUUGCCGGACAUUUGGUUUAUCACCUCAUGCUUAUGAUAAUUUAAAUAGAUGUGAACUGUCUUUAAAAGAUAUUUCAUCUCAGCAACACUCUCUCUUUUUGUUUUAUAGGUGACCUCAGCGAGAAAACAAAAGAAAACAAUGAGCAGAGGGAGGAAAUCAUACGCCUCAAGCAAGAAAACAGUUAUUUGAACAAUGAAUUGAUGCUUAGUGGUGAGUAGACGAAAACUAAUGUUUGGACCUUAGCUUUUGAAGGGAGCCUACAGUCCAUCUGUCUCUGAUUUAGCAAAUAUGGUGUUGGAUCUUUUGCCUGUAUUCUUUUUUUAGGUAUCAGCUGUUGAUCAAAAAUACCCGGCCAGAAAUCAGGACUAGUUCCCACAUGGAGUGGAACCAUUCCCUCCAACCUUUGAUCGGAUGUAGGUGGACUCCAACACCCUUCAACCUGCAUGACCAGUGGUCAGGAAUGAUGGGAGUUGUAGUCCAACAACAUCUGGAGAGCCACAGAAUCCCCAUCCCUGCUUCCCAAGAGGGGAAAUCACUCCCCUAAGGACCUGAUUCUAAAGAAAUCCCUGUGUAUAAAAAAAGAAAAUGUUAGCUAAAUUAGCGUUCAUUUUCUUUAUGAUUAUUACUUAUUUAUUGUUUCUCUGUGCAAUUAUUUGUUGUGGAAAAUCACCAACCGUUCAACCCCUCUCUCCUAACAGCUGAGAGAGCAAACAGAAAAGACCAGCUGCUUCAGUCUGCUAAAUCUAAACAACUGCGAACUGACACAGAACUGAGCAAUUUGCGACAGGUUUGACUCCAGUUUCUGGGUGGGGGAGGGGAUUGCACUUGUUUUUGUCCUUUUAUGUCGCAAUGAGGAACAUAACAAAUCAAAGGUGAACAGGAUUGGCUGUUGCAAUAACUUGUUUGAAGAACCUGUUUUUGAUACUGGGGCUCAGUCUUGGAAUAUGUGAACUGAAUAGAAAGGAUGAACGUCUCUAAAGCAUCACAAGUGAAAUAUAGUAAAAUAUUUUAAAUUCAUAUGCACUGGAAGAUAUCUCCACAUGCUUGUGGUUAAAUAACAGCUUGGUAUGGUUUAUUCACCAAUGACACGGGUGGCGCUGUGGGUAAAACCUCAGUGCCUAGGACUUGCUGAUCGCAAGGUCGGUGGUUCGAAUCCCCGCGGCGAGGUGAGCUCCCAUCUUUCGGUCCCAGCUCCUGCCCACCUAGCAGUUCAAAAGCACCCUUAAGUGCAAGUAGAUAAAUAGGUACUGCUUUCUAGCGGGAAGGUAAACGGUGUUUCUGUGUGCGGCACUGGUGCUGGCUCACCAGUGCAGCUUCGUCACGCUGGCCACGUGACCCGGAAGUGUCUUCGGACGGCGCCGGCUCCCGGCCUCUUAAACGAGAUGAGCGCACAACCCUAGAGUUGGUCACGACUGGCCCGUACGGGCAGGGGUACCUUUACCUUUUUAUGGUUUAUUCGUACAUGGUGUUAAUUAUCUGUAUGCUGCCCUGAGAGAACAAUAAAGUAGCUAGAUAGUCCAGGCCAAGGCACAGCCAUGAAUCUUAUUGGGAAACCGUAGUCCAGUCACCAUCCUUCAGCCUGAUCUGAUCUUAAAUGGAGGCUAAGAAUGGCCAGAACCAUUCUGGAGAUCCUUGAAACAGAGUGGGAUACUUAAAUAACUAAAAUUGGAGCACUACUUUUUACAUGUACAGAGGAAUUUUGUUUUCUUUUAGUCUUGUAUUCUCUAUGAAAACAAAACAAAAAAUAUUUUUCUCUUAUUUUUUUUAACACAAAUCUUUACUAUUGUUAUAGGAGCAUGUACUGAAUAUGGAAAAAAUGGAGUGGGAGGUAUUUCCGAUAGUUCUCUGAAAUCUUAAAAACAAACCAUUUAAAAUUUCUACGAACUCUAAUGCCCUCGUUAUUAUUCUUUUUAUUUUAAAUUUCCUGCUUUGUGUGUCCGUGAAGAGAAAAACAGGGCAAAAAUAAUGUAUCAAAGUGAGCUGCUUGCUCUUCUGAGGCUUGUUUGUUGUUUUGUUUUCUGCCUUCAGAUCUAUGUGAAGCAGCAACGAGAUCUGCAGUUUCUGCAUUUCAACUUGGAGAGUUCCCAGGAAACAAAGCAGAAACAUAAGACACAGGCACACGAGGCCAGGUAAAAGUGGCAAAUGGCUUUCUGGAGAGAAGGUUGCUUUUAAAGGGGACUUACAUGUUGCACAGAGGCAGGGUUAGGAAAACAUUUCAAAAUCCUAACCCUGGUUCUGUACAGUGACUACUGUAUUUUAAUGCUUUGUUGGAAGCCGUCCAGAGGGCUGGGGAAACCCAGCCAGAUGGGUGGGGUAUAAAUAAAUUAAUAUUGUUAUUAUUAUUAUUAUUCCAGCCCUGCAUAGAGCAUAUUUAAACACUAAUACAUCAACACUUGUUAAGAGGAAACCCCUAGAAAUGCACCAUACCAAUCAUAGCACAGCCAUAGGGGUUGGGAGAAACAGAAUUUGUUGAAAUGCUGCCUUCUGCUCCAUUCUUGGAGUGUGGUCACUUAGCAGCUGACUAUGCUCCUGCUCUUGGUUCGACACACAACUUGGAGCAGCCUUGAAAAGACCAGCAAUGGAAGCUGCACAGCCAAAAGACUGAAUGGGGUGCCCCAGCUGUGCCGUGUUAGAAAGACUCUGUUCUCCUAAAUUAGAGCCACUUGGCAUUGCCUGCAUUGAGAGCCACCAGGUUGCUAAGCUGUCUCACAGCAUGUAGUUCAGGACAGUAAAAUAACAACUUUAAUUAGGGCUAACUGAUGACAUUACAAGGAUUUUCCCUUGGGCUCAGCUUAAAAAAAAGAUGGGGGCUGAUGUUUCUGUUAAGUCCUGUAGAGUUUAUGCCAAUCUGAAGAGGAAACUCCUGCAGGCUAAAUAGGCAUGCCAGGGCAGAGAAACAGAUAGAGGUUGUCCCUUUACAGAUCCAAAAACCAGCAGUUAUUUGAUUAUGUAUUUAGCAGUACUCACAACUCCCAGUUCCCUUGAAACUUAUUGUGAAGCAACAGUAGAAGCCAAGUGGGGCAAAUCCUCAAGGGCUGGAAGAUCCUGGAUGUCUGAAACAGGAAUGACACACCCUUGGGUGGACGAAGUGUGUAGAGAUUGAUGGGUGCAGAUCAGAUAAUGUAUAGGUUUAAGUUGUUAAAUGCAGUCUUGAUAACGUGAGUUCCUUAUUGUGCCCUUUAUAUAGCACAGAGAUAGUUUUGUCAGAUCCUGGAAGUAGCGGCAACAAGGACACAGUGUGUAGCGAAACCCAUCAGAAGAUACACACCCGGUUUGUGCAUUCUCCCAGCUGUAGUUCAAAAAAUAUCUGCGAAGCACACAGAGCCGAGAAUAGGCAGCAAAAGGGCCCCGAGGAGAGACAGCCAGCAAGCUUGGAUCAGUUUCAGGAAGGGCUGUUUUAUGGGCCAAGAACUAUGCAUAGGGAAGAGCUGGAUCAGAGCGGAUCCUUGAGUUCUGGGGAGACAGACAGCAGACCUGCCUCCCAGACAGACAGCAUGUGGAAGGCAGAAGGCAGGGAAAUGGCCCGGGCGCCGGAGCAAAGCUUUGCGGCAUCUUUACCAAUUCACGAGCAUUGGCUCGACCUAAAUUGCCACACUGAGCCCACAAACUGCCAGAGUCCUGGGUUGAAGCUGUCUGACAAAUCCAGUGAGGAUUGUAAAGAUAAGGAGAUGGGCACAUGUGGGCUGAGUCCCGGCAAGUCUCCUAGUCCAUUUAAAGGGCUGGAGUCGGGGUACUGCUCCCGCAGCUCCAUAAACAAAGUCGCCCUGUACCAGCCUGUAAGUGACCAGCGGUGGAUGCAGAUUUUCAAGCCUGCGAAGGGAGAGGCAGGUUCAUGGCACGGAGCUUUUCCCAACGGUCCUCAGGCUGCGAUUAGAAGCGGCAAGUCAAAAAGGUUCAGUAUUUUGCUAAUUGCCUACAAAAUUAGUCCAUUCUCUUGUUAGCUAUGACUGUCCCUACUCCAAAUGAAAAACCUAUGAACAAUCUUUUAAUAAACCAGCUAGCUAGUCUUCAUCAGACUGUUUAGAGUAGGGGUUGGCAAACUUUUUCAGCGGGGGGCCGGUCCACUGUCCCUCAGACAAAUUCCUAUGCCCCACAAAUAACCCAGAGAGGCAUUUUAAAUAAAAGCACACAUUCUACUCAUGUAAAAACACCAGGCAGGCCCCACAAAUAACCCAGAGAUACAUUUUAAAUAAAAGGGCACAUUCUACUCAUGUAAAAACAUGCUGCAGGCCGGAUUUAGAAGGCGAUUGGGCCGGAUCCGGUCCCCGGGCCUUAGUUUGCCUUCCUAUGUCUUAGAACAAAAAAGGGAAGGAAAGGACACAAACAGGCAGGCAGGUCUAGUAGACCUGGCUAGUCUGCUGCUAGACAUGGACAAAGGCUGUUUUAAUCAGAUUAAACUGACAGGCAGCACAAAGCUUCUGGUCCAGCCAAUCUUGGUCUGCAUCUGAAGCGCCUGAGUCUUUGUCACUGCUUGCUCAGCAGAAUAGUGCCUUCUGCCUGCUUCAGUUCAGGCAGCAGCUCCAGCUCAAGUCCUCCGCUCCUCUGGUCUUCUCUGUCAUAAAGCAUUACUCUAAUUACUGGGGGACUGGGCGGAGGGGAGAGAGUCCUGGAUGAAAUCCACAGGCCUCAUUCUGGGACCCCCCCCCCCGGUUUUGGUCAACUCCUGCCCCCCUUGACCAGAAACUAAAGGGGCAAAAUCACCACCCUGUGAUUUGAGCACUCUUAUAACAAACCCGUUGCAAACAUGGCCUGCAGUUUUAACCUUCACACAGUUCACUUUGCACUUUUGAUAUGUGUGAACUUCUGCUGGCCACUUUUUUGCGGGGGUGGGGGAGAGAAUCAAGCUGUGCAAGGGGCCUGGGGCUGGUCACAGCAGCAUCGGUCAGCCACAUAGCUGCUUUCAAGGGCGCAUGACUUAAAAUGGAAUGUGGAUCUGGAGCAGCCCCAUCUAGCUCACCUUGAAAUUCAUACACAGUCCCCUCUGGCUUAGUACACCAGCUGUAAAUAAAUCUCUUCACUUUCUUCCAAAGCCCAUAAAAAGAGCUGAGACUUCACAUUGCUUGUAAUCUCCUUUCAUCACAUGACCCAGCAGCAGAGCUGGUUUGUACACCUGGUUGAGUCUGGCCAUUCCCCUUGCACAGUUGCAGACCUGCGUCCCACUGAAAGCUGUGGCCCCAGGCCCCAGCAGCUCCACCAGCGUGGACAAAGGUCAGGGACUGGAAGUUGCAGUCAAGCAACAUCUUGGGGGCAGGGACCACAUUGGCCAUUAUUGGAAACAAGGUGGUAGUCCACUAAGUGUUACUCAGAGUAGACCCAUUGAAAUAAUUUUUUUUACUGAGAAUUUUGUUCUUUUUGUAAACUGCUUCAAGGUUUUAUUACAGUCAAGCGGUAUAUAAAUGUGAAUUAAAUAAGCAUGUCUGAGUUAGGUUCCUUUAUUUCAGUGGAUCUGCUCUGAGUAAAACUUAGUUGAAUAGCACCCAUAUCCUGCAACUACUGCCAUUCUUCAUGGUUCAGCUCACUCACCAAGAGUGUGUGUGUGUGUGUGUGUGUGAGAGAGAGAGAGAGAGAGAGCGCGAGAGAGAGAAGCAGGCAUCUUGUCCCUUUUUGGCCCCCUCGGGGUUAUGCAAUGGGGUGCCACAGGGCACUGUUUUAUCCUCAGUGCUAUUCAAUGUCUAUAUGAAGGUGAAUGAAUGAAUGAAUCUUUAUUUGCAUCAGCCAUUGGCCAUAGCAAUAAAACAACAAUACGAUAUAAAAAUAAUAGAAAUACAAAUAAAAAGUCAAUUAUAUAAAAUACAUUUUAGGGUUUUGAAUCAAUAGUCAAAUAGUGGAUAUUAUUCUGAUUGCCCCAGCUAAAAACCUUGCAACCUUUGCUCAUCUUGAUCUGCCAAGAGAAAGGACACUGUGGCAGUGGCUGGGCAACCCGGAAUGGACAAUACAAGAAGGGUGAUAAUCUCAUUCCUCAAGUCUUUAUAAAGAGUGCAAGCCAGAAAGGCAUGCGCCACCGAUUCAGUACUGCCAUCUCCACAGGGACAUAAGCGUUUUUCGUGUGGAAUCUGUUGGAAUCGUCCCUCAAGUACAACCGAGGGCAAUACAUUUAAUCUUGCGAGAGUAAAAGCGUGUCUACCUUUUAGAAUUGCUAGGUUAUGCAGAUAGGGUGCCAGAGAGUCGAAAUGGGAAGGUAGAAAAUAGUCAUACCAUGGACAAAAUUUCCUUAUUGUGGCCAAGUUGUUCUCGUGCUUGAUAUCAUUUAGGCGCUGACAAAUUAGACUAUAUGAAGCUGCCAGGAGCAGUCACUGGGAAUUUGGGGACAAGGUGCUAUCAGUAUGCUGACGACACUCAGCUCUGUUUCUGCAUAACAUCUGAAUCGGAAGAGGCUGUGUGGAACCAGGACACAGUGCUGGGAGGGAUGAAGGAAAAUAAGCUGAGCUUGAAUCCUGGCAAGACGAAGGCACUGUUAUAUUUCUUUGCUCCCAGGCCUUUGGCUAACUACACAGUCUCUGGCCUUUUAAACUCCGGGGUGUGGGGUUGUUUUUGUUUGUUACUUUGUUGUGUAUUUUUGUGUUUUUAUAUUAUAAACUGUCCUGGGAUUCUUGGAUGGGGGGUGGUAUAGAAAUUUAAUUUAAUAAUAAUAAUAAAGGUGCCACACACUACUUGUUCUGCAUUUGUCAUAAAUUGUUCUUUUAGUAUGGCAGCACCUACACUUUGGAACUUCCUGCCUUCUGACCUCAGGCAGGAGCCUUUGAAAUACCCUUUUCAGUAGCUGCUUAAUGCAUUUUUGUUUAGGCAAGCAUUUCCAGAAAUGUAGGUGUUGAUGUGUUUCAAUUUCUUUCUCUUUUUUUACUGGUGAUUUUAAUUGUCUUUAAAAUGUUUUUAAUUAUUUUUAAUUGUUUUUGUUGAUAAUUUAAAUACUUCUUGUAAGCCGCUUAGAGGUUCUGUUACAAUUAAGCAGUAUGCACAUUUGGUAAAUGAAAUAAAAUAAAUACAGGGCCCUGGUUCCUCCGCUGCAAACCAAGUUUCUGCAGUCAUAAGAACUAGAAACUUAUUUUUCUUUAAAGGGAGUUUAAAAUUAGAUUCCACCAGUCCAGAAUUGCCUUAUCAACCUGCACGUCUGUUGCUUUCUCAUCCCCUUUAUGUUUUAAAAAGCAAGGUGCUGUACCUAACCCUCAUAUUUAUACCCUUUCCUUACAAUGUGUGCUGAAGAUGACUUUCUAAAAGUAUUAUUUUCAAUAUUCACAGUGACCAUGAUGUGGACCUGCAUUUUUCGGACUUGGGUGCUCCCUGUCUGACAUCCACCCAAAAGACAAGCGGGAGCAAGGGAGACGAAAAGUUGUUUGAAGGAGAGCUGCCUUCGGAGUUCAUGAGCUUAACAGACAUCCAGGCAGCCAACGGAUGCUGCCAUCUGACCAUCCACAAAGUGAGUGUCUGGUUGGGUCCUCCCUGGCUAUUGUAGCACCCUUGAUCUACAGCCAUCACUUGUGCAGAAGUCUCACAGCUGCCCAUUUCCCCCUCCGGCUCCUCGCUAACCUUUGGCAGAGCUCCAUCCUUGGGCAUUUUGCUGGGUCUGGGGCACAAGGAUGUGGGCAUGUGACGACUAAGUAGCUACACCAUCUGCAGUGCAAUUAAUAAUUUUUGGGUUACAGUCCCCAUCUUGCCCUGAAUCUGGAACUCGGAACCUUAGGUUUCAUUGCUAGGCUUGGUCCAGGGCCGGCCCAAGUCAUCUUGGCACCUGAGACGAACCACAAAACGGCACCUCCUCAACCAGGGAAGAAGAGGUGAGUGAACAAAGGUAGAAUAAGACAAUCUUACUCGGCUACGAGUGAUUGCCAAAGAAAAAGAAGGUCCAAGGCUGCCACAGGUUCUUGAUCCUGCUAAUUCUGCUUCCCAUUGCUGCCUGCUUCCAGAGUACCUGCUAGCAGCCCUGAAGGCAUGUAGAAAUAUUCCAAAGUUAGGCUGUCUCUGUGAUUUCCUUCCCAAUGAUCUCUGUGUUCAAAGCCACCUUCUGUCUCUGGUUCCAGGUCUUCCUUGACGCAUUUUGUUCUGGUUCAUCCUAGGAUUCUUGCUCGCCCACCAGCAAGCUGCAGCGGCUGCUGGCAGAGUCCCGCCAGAUGGUAGCAGACCUGGAGCUCAGCAACCUGCUUGGUCCCAGCCCUGGAUGCAGUCCCAACAACAGCCUUCAUAUGGUAAUUUCUGGCUUUCCAAACAGUUUUGGUGACAAAGAGAAUUGACUUAGAACAGAAGUAUCUAUCAUCUAUCUAUCUAUCAUCUAUCUAUAUAAACUAUACUAAUUGCAUACUGCAAAACAAAUGUAUUUAUGAGUAGUUUUUAACCUAGCUUAUGCCCUGCAACCACACAUUUGUUUUUCAUGGUUAUUUUCUUAAGGAUGUAAUACAGAUGUUAAUAUCCUUUGACAGGCAGGAGAGUAUAGUGAAUCCCUUUGCAAAGGGCGAUUGCCAAGUGCGGAGGAAAGCGAGAUGAAGCUCUCCCUUUUUUCUUUAUGACCUCAGGUCAGUCGUUCUGCCUUUCCUCUCCAUAUUUGUUGACUUUGCACAACACAGAGCUGAAGAGCACAGUAAAAAAAUUAUAUGAACACCUGCUGGUAUAAAGUUCCAAGUGCAAUUGCAAAGCAGCACAUUUCGUGCGAAAAACUGUUGUGCUAAAGUUAUCUCUAAAUUCCCUUUUGUGUUUUAUACAUAUGUUCCCUACUCAUAACAAGUUAUUUGUUUUUUGAGUAUUUGCAGGUGAAGAUGUGAUAUGCAGAGAGUAAUGCGUGUUGGUUGCCACAACAUACAUUUAAGGUACAUCUAGCACACAUUUAAAGCACUAGAGUUAGUUCCUGAACUGUAGUUUCCCCUGCACAGAGCCACAUUUUUCUGCAUCAUUAACAACCCCAGGAUGCUUUGGGGAAAGUUAUGUGCAUUGGAUGUGCUUUCAGUGUAUGUUGUUGAAGUUUGCCCUUAGGUUCCCCAAAACCACAGCAGCAGUAUUAUGGCAAGCCUGUUGCUCCUGGGCUGCCAAACCCUCUGAAUUUUGUUAGUGUGAUCUGUGGGCACUUAAAUGCCAUGACAGUGGCAGGAUUUCCUUUCUGCAGAGGCUGGGAAUCAGGUUCCAGUGUGCAUACAGCACUUGUGCCCAAGAUUUAAAUAAUUUUAGCCAUAUUACCUAACUGCACUUCUCCAAUGGAGCACUGCCAAGAGUACUGCAUGCCCCCAGGGUCCACUUAGUAUGCACUAGAAAACAGACUUUUAGUGAUGCAGCUGCAGCCCUCUGGAAUCACUUGCCGACUAAAAUCUGGCCAGGACAGGUGGGCUGAGCUUAAGAGCAGACCAGUGUGGAGCAGGCUUUGCUCUGGUCUGCCCCCAGCCAAUAAAUGUCAGCUCCACCUGACCUCAGGACUGUAGUCAGCUGAAGACCAGAUAAGGCAUUGGGUGGAAUCCUUUAGCCUAACAUCAGGCAGCGGGUGAAGUGGUGCGUCACUCCAACCUCAAAAGAGGUGUGUUCACUGGGUACCCUGUUAGAGGGGUCUAGUUGGAAGUCUGUCCAGAAGCUGAGGUGUACAGCUGAUGGGCCUUAGAGUUGCCUUCAGCGGCUUGGGAGUGCCACCCAUAGAGUCUUGCAGUUGACUCACUAAUCCUAGGCUCGAAACAAAAUAAAAAAAUUCCUUCCAGUAACACCUUAGAGACCAACUAAGUUUGUUAUUGGUAUGAGCUUUUGUGUGCACGCACUCUUCUUCAGAAAGCUCAUACCAAUAACAAACUUAGUUGGUCUCUAAGGUGCUACUGGAAGGAUUUUUUUUAUUUUGUUUCGACUAUGGCAGACCUACCUGUAACUACCGUAAUCCUAGGCUUGACCCUGUCAUUCCUCAGCUCUCCACCAGGAGGCUGGGAGUGCUAUACACCCAAUGCCUAAGCCAAAUCCUAUCUACAGUGGUGCCUCUCAAGACGAAAUUAAUUCGUUCCGCGAGUCUUUUCGUCUUGCGAUGUUUUUCGUCUUGCGAAGCAUGGUCCGUCGCAACUGCGCCUCUUCAAGCGGCUUUAAGAAAAAAGCGCAAGACGUUUUCGUCUUGCGAAGCAAGCCCAUAGGGAAAUUCGUCUAGUGAAGCAACGCAAAAACCGAAAAACCCUUUCGUCUAGCGAGUUUUUCGUCUUGCGAGGCAUUCGUCUUGCGGGGCACCACUGUACAUCUGGAAUCAAUAAAGUUGUGACCAGUUUUUUAAAAAACCCCAAACGUUGUCUUGUCCGGUUUGUUCACUGUUCUUAGGUUAGGCCUUGCUCCCUGAAGAGCGGUCGCUGCAAGUAGGUCUGCCAAUGGUUUUAUUGCUUUUAGCUUAUUGAGUCAGUAAUCCUUUGUCUCUUUAUUUUAUUUAUUCUUAUCGUACACUGUUUAAGCAGCUUUUGGUUGUGAACCAUUUUAUAAAUGUGCAAAUAAAAUAAACAAAUAAGACGAUCUGCCACAGCCUAGGCUUGUGUUGGAAAGGAGUUUAGACAAAUGUGAAAGAAAUUAGAAAUAUGUUACACUGGAGCCCUUGGCAUCUCUGGCAUGCCUCACGGCUUGUAAAUGCUGAUGAACCUGAUGUCAGCCGUGAAGGAAAAAUAUCUUUGUCAACAUGGAAACUCCUGAACUGCCAGCUGUUUGCGGAGCACUGGAAAUGAAAGUUUCCGGCAGUGACACAAAGGCAGCUUUGUGGCAGACAGUUCAUCCCAUGAAGUAAAUACACCUUUAAAACAAACAAAAAAACCCUCCAGGCGUCACUGAGGUUCUAACUGGCUGUGUUUUUCCAUAUGCUGUCAUAAAACUGCAAAGCCCGGAACUGAAUUGCGGUGUGGAGUUUCAGCGUAUUUUGCUUCUUCAAAACUUUCCUUCUCUUUUCAAAGCAGGUGUCUCCCAUGUUUUGUCCACAAGAGCAGAGAAACGCACCCUUCCUUUCAAAGACAAAGAUAAUCAUGGUGUGUUAAACUCAGUGGGCAGUCACUCAGCGUUCUUCUACAGCUCAGUUCAUUUAAAUCUCUGAAAAGCUCUCAGUGCCAAAGACCCGUGACAAAACGCUGGGAUUCAUUCCCUAAUUUUUAUUUAAAAAACUAGAAUUAUGCUGAAUGAAUAAAAACAACUUCAUAUGCUCAGAUUAACUGCCAGUAUAUUUUUGGAAGGUUAUUUAAAUAUGUAACUGGUCAUUAAUAGGUGAUUUUUAAGAAAAGAAAUAAAUAUGUGUUUGUGGCUUUUCCUUGUUUUUGUACAGAUAUUUUGCAUUUACCAUAUGACUACAGUUAAUUUAUGCUCAGUAUUUUUAACACCAGAAUCUUUCAUCCCUUAUAUGAAGUAUUUCUAACUAAGGUCACAUCCACAUCAUACAUUUAAAGGACCUUUAACACACAUAGUUUCUCUCAAAGAAUCCCAGGAACUAUAGUAUGUUGAGGGUGCUGGGAAUUAUAGCUCAGGGAAUGUGAAACUACAGAUCCUCUAUUGUGCUUUAAGUGUUUGGUGUGGGUUUAACAUUUGUAUAGUAACAAAGGAACGCUCUGUACAGUUUUUGGAAUACAUUUUAUAUGUAUAAGUCAUUAUCCACAAUGUGGAGGAAAUAUUUUAGCCACAAUCCAGGAGGAAGUUCUCUGAUACAAAGCUAGGGCUGCCAUAAGUCCAGAUUUUCCUGGACAUUACUGGGAUUUCAAAGGCAGCAUUGACAUCUGGGGGGAAUUUCCAAAAGGCAGCACUUUGUCCUGGAUCUUAGGCAACUGAAUUGAAAAAUUUGUGUUUUUGUAAAAAGUUCAACAUUAAUUUUGGGGGUUUCCUAAAAAAAAGCUUUUUUAAAUAUGGUAACCUUACACAAAGCUCCACUGAAACCAACAUGACCUGUAGACUUCAAUGGGUUUUGCUCAAGGGAACCUCUUGUGGAUUAUGCAUUUUUGCUGCUUCUUCUUUUAAUAUGAUUUUUAUUAAAUUUUUCUGUAUUACAAUUUAAGAUAAAUAUUUUACAUAAGAUAUCAGUGACUUCCCUUCUCUUUCCAUGGUUCAUUUUACAUAUCUUAUAUCCCUGCAUAUUUUACAAAAACUAUACCAAUUCAUUUUCCAUUAUUACAUCCAUCAAAAAUUAUUUAUACUGUUGAAUUUAUCUUAAUGCUGCCAGCGUUUUCAGCUGUACACAAUUAUUUUCCAUAUAUUCAAUAAAUGUUUUCCAAUCUUCUUUAAACAUAUGUUCUUCUUGUUCUCUUGUUCUAUAUGUUAAGUCUGCAAGUUAUGCAUAUUCUGUCAACUUAAGUUGCCAUUCUUCUUUGGUUGGGACCUUGCUCUUUUUCCAUUUUUGGGCUAACUAAACAUGGGCCACAGUUGUUGCAUACAUAAAUAACCUUUUCUGACACUUGGGAAUUUCAGACUGAAUUAUCUCCAACAGAAAUGACUCUGGUUUUUGGGGGGAAAGUAGUUUUAAACAUUUUUUUCCAAUUCAUUAUAAAUCAUUUCCCAAUACUCUCUUACCCUUUUCCAUGUCCACCACAUAUGAAUGAAUGUUCCCUCCGCCUUUUUACACUUCCAGCACUUAUCUGAUUCUGUCUUGCAAAUCUUAGCAAGUCUACUCUGAGUUAAAUACCAUCUGUGAAUCAUUUUCAGAUAGUUCUCCUUCAAAGCAUAACAUGCUGUAAAUUUCAAGACACUUUUCCAAAGUUUCUCCCAGAUCUUAAAAUCUAUAUUGUGUGCUAUAUCUAUUGCCAGUGUAUCAUUGAGGCUUUAACUAGCUUGUCUUUUGUUUCCCAUUCUAAUAACAUUUUAGACAAAAGUUAAUAUUUGUUUUGUAGGAGUUAUUUUUUGAAUUGUGAGCUUUGGUCCAAAAAACCAUUCUUUCUAUCUAGUUUAAACAUAACAUGUAUCGCAACCAGUUUGUAACAUGGCUCCUUACGUUUUCCACUGAUUUCAGUUUGGGUUCUGCCCCUAUGAAGUGCAGCAAUUCCCUGUAAGCUGCACAGAGUCUAGCCAUAUUAACUCUUUUAGAUGCCUUUCUGCUUUUAGGCCUUGACUUGGACCACAAUGGGAGUAAGACCAUAGUAUGCAGGCUGUACUUAUCUUGCUGUGCCAGCAAUAGUAUAUACUGUCUCUCUUUCAACAGCACCCUGUUUUUCUGUGCAUUUGAAAAUAUUUUGAGCAUCAUAUGGUGCAUACGUUAAUAAACAUGAUGUUUCCCUU